AUGGUACUUGCCCUCGGAGCCGGCAAGCUAUUCGACCUAGACCACGAGGGUGAACUCGAGGAUACUAUCGUAUCUAAAUGCGUGGAUACCUACAUCGCUCUCUCUGAUGCAGCUCUCACAAGCGAUGUAAAUCAGCCAACUCAGCUCAACACUGCCUUUCCUUCGACAGCAAAUGGAGCCACAAUCCCUAUUUUCACGCCAAGACAGUACAAAUACGUUCGAUCCGGCGGGUGCCCCGCCCCCACGACCGCUCUACCUCCGUCAUUCGCACAGCAACGAGGGAUCCAGAAACCUUUGCAAGCGGUAAUAGACCAGUUGUUCGAGCGAUGUUUCCGGGACAGGCGUUAUCGCCCAAUGGUAGGAGCCGCGGUAGAAGCACGCGAGUUCGAUGUCAUUCGACGGGCUGUACUCCGUGCGAGCGACGAUGAGAAGGGCAACAAGCCGGCCAAGGAUGGCAUUGGACAAGUUGACGAGCUGCUGGAGUAUCUACUGGGUAUCUGUAUGGACGUAGUCCAGGAGCGCGGAUUGCGCCAGGAGCUACUGCGUCUCAUCCUCUGUCUACUACGAUGUUCCUCUCCAGAUGUCUUUUCGAUAGCAAAAUGCAUCGUUUAUCUAAAUGAGCAUUCGAUGGCAUCGAAGCUACUGGCUGUGGAAAUAUGA